AUGGCCUUGGCACUUUUAAGUAUUAAUAUUUGUCAAUUCAGUGGUUGUGGUCUUAACUAUGGAAGUCUCCAUGAUUUACUGCAGCACAUCGAGGAGACACAUAUCCCUGUAAUCGAAGAUGAAAUGAAGAAAAAAGAAGAAAGCGCUAAAAACUCUUCGUUGGACGAUGAUCCUUCGAAAGCUGCUGCAUUAACUGCUGUUUUUCCGCUAAGCUCCAUUUGCAAAUUAUUUUCAAAACUUCCUCCUCAGAAAGCAGUUCCUGUCAAUCCUGAACCUGUAAAGCUUGCGAUUGGCCACUACAGACCACUUCCAUGGUUUUCCAGGAAAAAAACACUGGCUGCUGCAGUUGCUGGUGCAAAUGUUUUGGGACAAGCUGGUGAUAAGUCGCGUUUGGACCCUCGCGAUGAGGAAUCGAAUGAUUCAUACAGAAACGAAGACUGUGAUGACUAUGAGCAAGGGAUUGAUGAAAGGCGGCACAAAUGCCCAGUUGAAGGAUGCAACAAACGAUACAAAAAUUUGCAAGGAGCACGUUAUCAUGCUCGUCAAGUACAUGGUUAUACUGAGGAUAAUGGUGCAAAUAAUGCAGUAUCAUUCGACUUGACUGCAGUGGUACCUGGGCAAGUUGCGCCACUGAUACAGUCCGGCGCACCCAGUAAAUAUGCAAACAGAAUUAAUCUUAAAAAUGUUAUGAUCUGCAGUUUACGUCCAUACAAAUGCAGUCAAUGUUCAAAGCGUUACAAAACUAUCGUUGGAUUAAAUAAUCAUGUGCAACAAUCACAUCAACGUAUUAGUAAUGCUGGAAAUGCCACUUUGUCGACAAAUUUGGUACCAGUUUCGCCCUCAGCCGUUUCUGUUUCAACAACACAUAAUAAUAACGCUCAAUCACCGGCAACCUCAAGUCAUGUGACCGCAGAAGGUGAUGAACAUAUAGCAAUGCCGUCCGGUUAUUUGACAUCAACAAAUAUUCAGAAUGCAACGCAAGUUCAAGUCAACGCACAAUCUUUACCGUCUCUUCCAUCGGCUACCGGACAUCAAUACCAGCAGCAGCCCACCAGCGUAACAAAAUUCGUAUCAACAGCUAAUAAUAUGAUGACCAGGAAUAUGAACGCCCUCUCAUCAUAUGGCCCACAAACAAAUGAAUCGCUUGCUUCGGUUAUUUCUCGAACGGAUAUAUCGCAGGUCACUGAUUUUUUCAUCUAUAUAAGGGAAAAGGUAUUAAAAAUGGUGGAAUUGAAAAGGAAAACAUACAUCAUUGUUACGUUCCGUCUGAAACUUCUAUUACCUACUGUAACACCGACAAUAUUUUACGUCAAAAACAGUCUUUUGCGAGGAAAAAUUGUCUUGCCACCGUUAAUGUAA